AUGGCGAUCGGCUUAUCCGCAGAGCAGGUCCCGACCUCAAUCUACUAUGGCAUCGAUGACCGCAUAUCCUGGGGAUUCUUGACUCAGUUGGAAUCCGAUCAAGAUCGAGUCCGAGAUUGGUUCAAAGUAUUCUUUGACGAAGCAGAAUACAACAAGGCUCGUCGCAGCCAUCCGCAUCCCGAAGAACUCCCGCCUAGCCAUGCGGACGUCAGAAAAUAUUACGAAGACUUCCUCCGCAAACUGUAUCCUCAUAUCAAGAAAAGUCUCAUCGACAACGUGAGGGAUUGGAACACGGCCCACGUUGAAUUCCUGUUCUCGGUGCCCACGACGUGGACCAAGCUGGGCCUGGCACAGGACCUGAAGACAAUCGCUUGUCGAGCAGGCUUCGGAUCUGAUUCUCGAAAUCAUAUAGUCGACGUCAGUCUGACAGAGGCCGAGGCCGCAGCUGUGUACACCUUCAACUCACAGAAUGCAGUAUAUUCGGAUGGCGACGUACUUCUGACCGUAGAUGCUGGCGGGGGGACAACAGAUGUCGCUCUCCUAAAGGUUGCCGAGGCGAGCGGUGAUGGAGCAUCUCUGAGAUCAUUAGACCAGGUUCGAGGCGAUGAAAUUGGGAGCGUCGAAAUCGACAUUGAAUUUGCCGAUCUAGUCGAGAAGCGAUUAAUGGCUGCGAAAAAGGACUUGAACAUGGCGCCUCAUACCAUUCGCAAGCUUGCGGAAAAGAUGUCGCGCUCUCCGACCGGAUUUCGCAGAUGCAAGGAGAAUUUUGGGACAGAGGACAGCUUGACUUUUCCAGAAUUCGAAAUUGAAAUGCCAGGGUGUCCCGACACCUUCAGUCUGCCUUCAGCGAAGGUAAUCCGUGGCAGGAUGAUAUUCUCCCAGGCGGAGAUCCGGGCAUUGUUCGACCGCCAGAUCGAGAAGAUGUUUGACUUGAUCGACUUCCAGAUGAAGCGCAUGGACACAGAAGCGUCAAAUGAGCGAAUAACACAUCUUGUUCUGUCCGGAGGACUGGGAAGUUCUCAGUAUGUCAAGGAUCGUCUUACACAGCGGUACACGGUCGACAGGGUCCAUCGGAGGGCGCCAGAGCUGCGUGUCAUGUCAUCAACAGUGCCACAGCUAGCCGUGGUCAAGGGAAUCGUGCAGAAUCGGAUGCGGAAACUGAAGACUGCCAAAUCGGUGCUGCGAACACGGACCUGCCGGCAGUCUCUGGGUGUCCUCUGCAUACAAAGGUAUAACCCGCGCAAUGUGGCUCACCAACAAGCACAGUUGCACAAAUGUCCCAUCGAAAACAAGACGUACGCCAAUGACCAAGUGAUCUGGUUUGUCAAACAAGGCCAGCAGAUCGACCAAGAUGAAGACCACGUGGAUCAUGAAUUCUGGCGCCGAUUCCUCAAGGGCAAGUGCAAGCCUUGGGAAGACCGCAUUGUGAUCUGCAACAGCGGGGCCAAAGAUUUGCCAAACUCGUUCAAAUCAAAUGAGGGGGCUGUCAAGAUGCUGUGCACAAUGCGCUCAGAUCUUACCUCUGUGCCCUAUUCGGACUUUGAGAAAAGAAAGAAGCGCUGGUGGCGCUGGUGGAACAAGUACGAAACUCACUAUCGAGCCGACUUUACGAUUCGCUUCCAGCUGAAGCCAGCUAGCAUCGACACACAAUUGCUCUUUAAAGGCCAGCGAUACAACACGCCCAACAGCUUUACCGUUCAGUGGGACGAAGGUGUCAAUAUGGCUGCGCCGAAGGAGCAUCGAAGUGACACGCACAACAAUUCCAGUCGACACCGAGGGUAG